AUGGGUAAUGAUGAUAUAGAUAAUACUAAUUUAGAAUAUGCAGAUAUGAAAGAAGUCUUUACAAAUAAAGCUACUAAAGCCGAAAAUAUUAUGAAUGAUUUUAAAGUUAGUAUAGAUAGUGUUGAUGACAAAAUAAGAAUAGAUAGUAAAGGUGUUGGAAAUAACAAAAGUGUUGAAAACAACGAAAGUGUUGGAAAUAACAAAGAUAUUGGAGAUAACAAAGAUGUUAGAAAUAACAAAGGUAUUAAAAACAACAAAGGUGUUAGAAAUAAUGAAGGUGUUAAAGACAAUGAUAAAACAAGAAUAGAUAAUCAACUUGGUGAUGAAAAUAACUAUAAUUACUAG